GCGCGGCCGCCUCCUCUUUUCUUCACUCGCCUCAUCCGAGACCGACAGACAUGAACUGGGACACUCAGCUGAGCUCUAUCCUGUCAGUGGCAGAUGGCAGCGUAGCAAAGAUGAGGGAGAGACUGACGUCACCAGGGAAAUUCUCCAAAGGAGAAAAUUUGUUUCCUGCGAGGGAGUGGAUACGUGAUUCCGAUUUGGACCCUCCCGCUCUUCCCCCCCGAGCCCCUCUUCCCCGACAGCCAUCCCCCUCGCUCAGUUCCGGUGUGCAAUGGGCAGACGUGGCUGCUCUCCAGUCUCAACUACAGAUGCAGAGCCAGGCGAUUGACUCUCUCACCAAGAAACUCCAUGACAUGGAAAAGGAGCGACAGUCCCAACAACGUCACAUCCAGACACUUCAAGAGGAGGUUCACAGCUUGCGUGAGGACCUGAGGGAGAGUGAAAGAGAGAGGGAGAAACCACAGAGGGGACAAAGUCCAGGAGCAGAUAGAAUGAUGGAGCAGUGGAGGAGAGAGGUGGGACGUGAGCUUAGCAGUCUGCGAGGACACAUCACCAGAGCCACGUCGCUAGGCAACUUAGAGGAGAGUUUCAACUCAAAGAUUCGCCGAGAGGAGUUGGAACACUUGCGGAGGGAGGUGGACCAGCUGAAAACACGGUUAAGGCGACAGGAGGAGGACGUGUUCCUCCAGCAGGCAGAGGCCAGAGAGACCAUGAGACACUACGAACGCAGCUGCAAGACACUGGAGGAGCUAACAGAGAGCUACAGAACUCACAGCACUGAUCUGGCAAAAACUGUCUCUCAGUAUUCACACACACAGCAAGAGGUCCGCCAGAUCAGAACAGUUGUGUCAGAGCUGAAAGACGAGGUCAGGAGUCUUACCCUUCAAGAACAUGAACCAACCCCUCUACUGUCUGUGGACACAUCAGGGGCGUCACCCGUGUCUUUCCCCAGACACAGUAGGGGAGUCAGAGUGGAAGAGCCAGACUCUGACUCUGAGGACUUCAGUCCGACCCCGAGCUUGGCUGAGGUCAGCUCAGAUGAUCUUUCGUGGCUGGAUGACAAAGACUCGGCUCUUCCUCAAAAGCCACAUGUGCGUCUCAGCGUUCAGUCCAGACGGAGUGAUUUUGCUGGUCCAGGAUCUGAUCUGGAGGACGAUGAUGAAGAUGAAGGUGGUGAUGAAGAAGAUCUCCUUGAUUACAAUGUGGAACCAGAUUUAGCAUCUGACCUAAGUCUUAAUGACCUCUGACCUGUUCUAUAAUUUUUUUUAUUGAUUUAAUUUGGUUUGACCUGUGUGUUUGUAUGUGGGUGAGAGCUUCUGUUGCAAAACCCCAAACUUUAAAAAUAGAAACUGUAUUAGACAACCAGCCAUAUGGUUAAUUUCCUGUGUUGUCCCCAGGGAAGAGGAACACAAUAAAAGAGAGGCAUAGCAGCAGACUUGGCAACAGUGGCGGAUACAUAGAACAACAUAUAAUUAUGUCGUCCUACUUAGUGUUGCUCUUUCAGACUGCUUGAGUAUGAUGCGUGAUAAUCCUUUGAUACCAGUGGGGAAAGUACUUUUUCGUGAGGGGAAUUUUCAAAAAUGUAUAAACAGUUAUUUGUGAAAAUAACAUUAAUGUUAGGGACUCAGGAAAAAUCUCAAUGGAUCAAACUUUCUUUUUAAACUUGAAAUCUGGAAACUGUUUCAUCCAAAGUGGCACUAAACGCAGCAUGCAAGAUUGAUAAAAUGCUAACUCCUUCACUCUCUUUUUUAUUUAAAUAUUCAUCAUCAUUAUUUCCCCCAGUCUAGUUAGCACAUGACCGUACAAACCGUCCCAAACAAAAAAAAAAAUAUCUCUGGGUGAAAAAGUGGAGUCACACUCUUAGAAGACACAGACGAAGAUGUCAAGAGAGUUUGUGGUGAUAAGUGCUGACGCCGAUGUCUUGUAACCAAAAUUACAUGAUCUCCCCAGCUAAAUUAAUGUUUCCUCCCUCUUUUUGCUGCAACUCCAAGGAGUUUUCGCAAUUGUGAAUGUGUCCAAACAGUGAAUCUCCCACUGUGUUCCUUUUUAAAUGAGUACUUGCCAAGUGUGGCCUGUUCCUGAAUGCAUUGGCCUGUUCUGAAGCCAUUUUAGAUGUUCCUUCACCACAGAUGUUGCUGCUGAAGGAGGCAAAGUCUAAUAUUGCCUGCCUGCUCUGAUUGGAGCAGUUCCCCUCUCAUUACAAAUAAUUUACAAAAUAUUUUAAAAACCAAUGUGAACAUGCGACAAAUUUCAUUGUAAAAAUGGGUUAGUAGAAAGUACACAUAUUUAAUGAUACAGUAUUUGCUGUUAUGUAAAAGUGAAAAAGACCUGAAAAUAGAUCUACCUAUGCACAGAUACAUUAAAAACGUACUUAAGUACAAUAAUAAUUAAGUCAAUAUACUUUGUUCCUUCCCUCAAUUGAAUUGUGCCCGCAUGUACUGACUGGAUGGUUGGAUGCAGGGAACAAACGACAGGCAGCUGUUUAAAGAACCAACAUCCUCCCGUGAGAGUUACAUUCAGAAAACGUCUCCUUUCACGGUGGUGGAUGGCAGUGCUUUGUGUCAGCGAAGAAGCAAACACCCUUUGCACCAUGUUGUGUGUUGCUGAUUAUAAAUUAUGGCUCCUACCAGAGUUAAGGGCAGAGGCUUUGGUGAAUAGCAAGCUAAACCACAAGGUUUUGGUUUUAGGCAGGACGAGACUGAAAAUAGUUCUGCUUAGGUUUGUUAUGAUUACAGAUUGUUGGGUUAGGUAAAGGUUUGAUGUGGUUAAUGUUUGCGACUUUCAUGUGUAUCCAUAACUGCAAUAGGAUCCAUAAGGAAGCCAGUCAUCACUGUGCUUUUGAUUUGAAAAGUGAGGGCUUACAGUAUGCCUGUACUGCCUUAAGUCCUUUAAGAACAACACAUUUAACUUUAAUAUAAUGGCAUAUACAGUUUGUGUUCAGUCGUUAUACAUGUGUUAAGACUCAGUACCUUUUGCCUUUGAAUUUGUGUUAAUCGUGUACUAUAUGCAGUGCAACACUGUUCAGUGUAGCAGAGUAAUGGAUAUUUAAUGAGUGUUUCUUCCUGACAUAAUGCACUUUUAAAUCCAGAAGGAAACUGAUGACGAUUGUAAUUCCUGGUAAUGCAUCUGAAGUGAGAGCCAAGAGGAAAUCAUUAACAUUACAUAGACACACCCACACCACCUCCACUGUGAUGUCUUUACAUAUGCACAACUCAGUUAAGACUGUCAAGAGUCCCUUUAUGCUGUCUUGUCUGACACGAGUCACACUGUCCCGGGCUUGCAGGCGGGUGUCGAGCUGUUAAAUAAUUCAGCA